AAAGUCAUUUGACCCCAGCAAAAAUGUACAUUAAUUAACAACUGCCUUGUCAUCAUCUGCAGAGGGGAGGCUGAGAGAUAUGACCUUGACCUUGGAAAUCUGAGAUUGGAAUAAAGAAAAAUCAGAAGAGAGGAUAUAAAGACAUAGACAUAGAGGUGGAAAGAUGGACGAAGAAAUGUUUGAUAUGCAUGUCUGCCUAGUCUGUCAGUCGACAGUAGUGGGUCUACUCAACUACAUCAACCACAAAAAGUAUGACUGCCAAGGGAGAAAGAUUACUGCCACUGUCCCAACCAGUGGUUCCUCUCCCCAGUCCCAGUCCCCCCAAUCUAGCAGUGUCCCCAGCAACCAGGUGGAAACUCAGGUGGUAGGGACGGUGACUGUUCUUAAUGAGAAGACUGAGGACUAUGUGCAUCCUAUGGGAGGUCUCCAUCUUCUUGCCAGUCAGUGUCAACCCACUACUGAACAGGAGAGGGUUCUGGCAUCUUCUGGAACAAGUCUCAACCACUCUCAGGCAAAUAUGUCAACUGAUCCUUGCAGCAUGACUUCUGAACCUAUACCACAAAAUCUGAUGUUGCAGCGUAGUAUUCCUAGUCAGCAGAAUUCCAUUACAGUAGGACAUAACCUGGGUAUUGAACAGAAUGGUCUUCCAAAUUCUAAUUCCACUGUGAGUCUGUCUGAUCAGGAACUAGCUGUUGUAAUUGAUUUCUCCACAGAAAAGAGUGAUAUUUUUAGUCCAAGCAAUGGACAAGGAGUGGAUCCAAAUGUUGUUAUGACUGAUGCAACAAGUAAAGAAAAACCAGACUUCUUCUCCUCCCUUGCUCUUCAGAGUAAAUCUACAACAUCCAAAGAUUCUGGACAUAACGAGGGCAUGUUUGGAGACCAAGGGCACAACAGCAUAAAUGAACUUCCUAUAGCAAAUAUCCUCAACAGUUUGAAUUUCAGUGAUGAUGAUUUGGAUUUUGAUGAAGAUUUCUUAGAGGAAGCUUUUUCUGAUGAGUCUGAUGGUGACUUUCCACCCCCAGAGCACACUCGUGGGAAGUGGAAGCCAGGAGAGGGGCCACAUCAUUCCACAGGUGGAAAAUGGAGAUCACAGAGGACUUUAAUCAGUACAGGAGGGAAGUGGAAACCAGGCAUGCAUAAAGAAGGUGGAGGAAAGGGGAAAGGAAAGCAAUUAAAAACAAGAUCUACUGAAUCAGCUUCAGAUUAUUACUGCAGUACGUGUGAUAUGUCUUUCAAAUCUAGAUACAUUUACUCUGCUCAUUGUGGUGGGAAAACACACAAAAAGAGGAGACGAUCUGGGAAGAAAAUGUAUGAAGAUGAAGAUGAAACGACGGUAGAGGAAAAGGAAGCAAAUGCUGAUGAACAAGAGGAGAAAAACGAUGAGAAAGAGGCAGAAGCAGCUUCUACUGAGAAUGAGCAAGAAAAAAAUGCUGAGGAAAGUAAAGAAAAUGCUUCUGUGGAGCUUACAGAGGUUCCAGUAACAAUUAAACCCAAAAAAGAAAUCGUGGAACCAGAGUGUAAAAUCUGUGGUCAGAAAUUUGCCAACUUGUAUGUUUUAACAAGACACUUGUUAUCUAAAAAACACAAAAACAGAACAAAAGGGGAGAAAGACACUAUAAGGAUCCUUGAUCAGUACCACAAAUUUAUUGUUCGGCUGAGUCCAUUCCAGUGUGGGUUAUGUCAGUACUACUUUAACCAAGAAAAUGACUUGAUAGCUCACCUGAAAGAAGAUGUUCACAGGAACCAAUGUAAAAAACUGCCAGGAGAACUGAUGUGUACUUUGUGUCAGUACAGUAGUCAUUCAAAUGAGGAUCUAAUUUAUCACAUGAUCAAUAACAUAAGCCAUAGAGAGGCUGCUUUAAAAGGGAGAAAACUCUGCAUCAUCAAAGAAAAGUGGUUUAUGGCUGCAUGUAAGUUCUGCAAAAAGAAGAUGCAUUCAAGGGUACACAUGAAGAGGCAUGUCAGAUCAAAGCAUAGGAAGGAGCUCAAUUCGGUUGGUCACAUUAUCGGAGAGUCCCAGAUUGAUGAAGUUGGGGAAUUUUCUUGCAGUGAAUGCAACAACAGGAAAUUCAAAACUUACAAUGCCUUUGUGAUUCACAUGAAUCGGCGCCAUGGAGACAGCGAUGCAGCCAUUUGUGAACUCUGCAACAAAGUUUUAUCAGGAAGAAAUAGCUUUUCCCAGCACAUGAAGAGCAAGAAGCAUAAAAAUAAAGAAAUGAUGAGAUACUUAGGGAAGAAAGAGGGAAAACUGGAGGAAGUAAAGGAAGAAAAAGAAGGGGCUGUAAAAGAAGAAGAGAAAGAAAAGGAGGUGAAGAAUGAGGAAAUGAAGAAUGAACAAGGAGAGGAAGAAGAAGGAGAGGAAGAUAAAUACACCACACUGAAGUACAACACUCAGAAACCUGAUGUCCCAGGAAUGUAUGAACGAGCGCACAACAAUCAUCACCUGAAAAAGCCCCGAGGCCCAUACAAGAAAAGAGGCAAAAAACUCACAGAUAAGCCAGUACAAGAAAAAAUCUUCAAGUGUAAUCAUUGUGAUUACAUGGUGAAUAAGUACGCCGACCUUCGACCCCACUACAUGGAGGCUCAUUCUAAGGAGAUUCUGGUCUGUGAGCUUUGUGACAUUACUUUCCUCAAUGAAAAAGCAUUGAAGCUUCACUAUUCUGGAAAACAACAUCAGGCCAAUUUAGCUACAGUUGAAGACAACAGUACAAAUGUGGAAGGAGAACCAAGUAUCUUCCAUUGCCACAUCUGUAACAAGAGAUUCACAGAUGAAGCUUGGAAACAAUUCCACAUUGAUGUUUAUCAUCUGCAUCCAAACUCAGAAGAGCUGCUAGUUAAGGAAUUGGGAAGGCCAGACAUAACAUGGGAGAAAUACAAAGACUUCUUAGAGACAGUUAAGAACUGUGAGAGGAAUGAGAGAAUACCUUGCAAGGAGUGUGGAAAAGAAUUGAAAAAGGAUUACAUGUUGGAGCAUCUACGUCUUCACUCUGGUGAUCGUCCAUUUAAAUGCCGUUACUGUAACCUAGGCUUCAUGUCACCAUUGUCUUUGAGGCGUCAUCUGCUGACUCACCUGGGAUUGACAGAGAGGAGUUGUGAUAUAUGUGGAAAGAAGUACAAAAAAGUGGAGUCCUACAGGGAACACAUGAGGCAGCAUGCAAUGGAGAAACAGGGAGUCCAGAAGCUUAUGUGUGAUGUUUGUGGAAUGUCUUUCUACCUCCAACGUCAACUUAAGCAUCACAUGCGUAGGCAUGGAGAGAAAAAAUUCAAAUGUGCAGUUCAAGACUGUCACUGGAGUUUCUAUUUUGCCAAUGAACUUGAUGCUCACAUGAAGUCCCAUACCAAACACCGCCCAUUUCUCUGCGACCAGUGUGGGUAUUCAGCAGGGACAAAGAAUAGACUGCUGCGUCACAGUCGUACUCACACUGGAGAAAGAAACUUCCACUGUGAAUACUGUACCUACAAAGCUGGUACUAGAACUCAUCUUCGUCGUCAUAUGAGAAUCCAUAUUGGUUCUAAACCAUACAAGUGCCCAUAUUGCGAUUAUUCAUGUAACACUCACGAAAACAUCCGCAAGCAUAUAAUGAAAACAAAAAAGCACGAGGGACUGUUUAUCUACCCCUGCAAGUUUUGUGAAUGGGGUUCUAACACUGUAAAUGAAUUCCGUGCUCACUCUAAACUAAACCAUCCAGAACAUUAUGAUGAUGAGAAGUAUGAAGGCAUCGCAGCAGUCAUGGGAUUGUAUGUCAAGGAAGAAGAUCUUCAGAAACCUACAGAAGGCAUGAAAAUCAAUCCAGUAAAAGAACGGAAGCCCAGGGAAGCUUCCUCUCAACCCCCAGAGAAAAAAAUCAAAGCAGAAAGUAUGUCCCAGUCUGUGGAGGAGCCUAUUAUAGUAGUGCCAGGCUACUCCCAGGAGGAAGUAGUGGAGCAUUAUGGGACUGUGGACUACCAUAUUCCCUACAGCGGUCAGAAUGACACAGAUAUCAGCCGACCGUGGAAUCCAACUUCUCAGAUAGAGACAGAACGGGCAGUGAGAACUGUUAUUGUUCCCUCGACAUCCGGUGAAACUGUGAUCACAUAUGAGUAUGAAACAAGGGAGAUCACUCCUAAUGGGCCUGGAAUACAAGGGGAACUUUAUUACACCAGUUAGCGUAAAGAUCUUACUUGUUAGGUUGUUUAAAAAAAAAUUUUCACUUUCGUACAGAGUUUUCACUACUAUAAACCAUAAUUAACCAAUUGCUCAGGAUUGAGAAACUCAUUAAGGAAAUAGUAAAAGUAGUCCAGUUAGGUCAAAUGUUGAUUAUGUAUUUUGAAAAAAAAAAUGUAAAAACUCUUUGAAUAACAGUCUUUUCAGGAAGUUACAUUUCUUCCAAAGACCUUGAAUUUUGCAGACAUUAUAAAUAUUUGAUAAGUGAUAACUCAUCAAAAGGCCAAAGUCCUUAACUUGUCAUUUAUGCAUUUUAUGAAAGGUUGUUUCAUGUAAAAUCAUAUAUUGUUAUGAAAUGUUUCGAUUUGUAUAUUUUUGUUAUAAAAUCUUGCAGUACUUUUGCAUUACCACUAGAUUUUUAGCUGUGCUAUACCCUAUUUGUAUCCUAUAAUUUGCUACCAGAUUCUGGUAGUUAAAGUUUUGUUUGUGCCAUAAAAAUUGCAAACUACAAACUUUGUAUUUAAAUGAUAACGGUCUUAAUCUGUUUGAAAUUGAAUGAGUGCAAGGUUUUCAGAUAUUUUUUAAAAAAAAUAUACAAGCAAUUGAAAUCACACAAGAAAUGCAGAAUUUCUCUGUACUUUGAUACAUGAAAAGGGCACAAUUGUAUGUUUUAAUUGUAAUAUGAAUUUUUCUCAGAGAUUCUUUUUAAUUUCAAAUGUCUCAUUUAUGUGCAAAACAGGUAUUGAGAAAAAUUAUCACUUACCUCAGUUUCUACAGCUUUUGGAAAAAGUCUUGUCGGGAAAUCUACUAGCAUAUGAUUAUUUUUUGACUUCCAAAAAAUUUCAUUUAUUAGCAAAUAUAUCGCUGUAAAACAUGUCUUUUUACAGCAAAGAGAGAUAAACUAAAUGAAAAUCAAAUGGCAAUUCAGAUAUUUUUUGCUAACAAGUGGAAAUGUUUUUCUUGUUUAUUCAAACAUUUUAGUGCUUAGGCUUUUCAUUUUACCAGCACAAUAAUAAAUGUACCAAUUUGCUUGUAUGUUUUAACUUUUGUAUGUAUUGGGAUUUUAGUAUGACCAUUCAACCAAAAUUUGAACUUUGACCGUGUUACGUUGGAACAUUAUAGAACAGUUGGUUAUAUGUAAGUGUAAUUUUAAUCAGAAAGAAAAUCAUUUUAUGCAAAUUGAAUUCUCUGAAGAUAAAAUAUUUUGUUUUUAAUCAAACUUUGAUAAUCAUCUAAUUUUUGUACAUAAUUCCUGAAAACUUGAAAAUAAACUAUUUUAUAUUAA